AUGGGCUAUAUACCUAUUGAUAUCCUUGACUUGGCUAUUUCGUUUACCUCAAUAAUCUUAGAUUUCGGUUUUUCGCUUCCAAUUUUAGUUGAUAUCACAAUAGGAUCUAUCGGCAGGAUUAUUUUACUAAGUGCUCAGUUAACUUUAGGGGUCUCAAUUCAGAGAAUAGAUUACAAGAAAAUCAAAUUGCAGUUGGAGGACAAUUAUGGUUAGGAUUUGGAGGUGUUUUUGGUUGUAUAAUUAGUUUUAUGUUAUAAUUUGCAUUGGGAAUAUUUUAACAAUCUUCUUUAUACGCUAACAGUCAUAGUAAUGACAGAGAUCGCAUAUUAGAAAGACAUGAUGAUAGGGGUGAAGGAAAUGGUAGGGAGGAAGGAAAUAGUAGGGAAGUAGAAAAUAAUAGACAAGAAGGAAAUAGUAGGGAAGAAGAAAAUAAUAAUUCAAACAAUCUUUUUAUGCUAGUAUUGUAUACAAUUUCAAAUGUGGCAGUUUUUAUAAUUUUUAUUUUUAUUAUAGUUGAAUUCUGUAGGGAAGCAGGGAGAGGAACAACAACUAAAAAUUUUCACUCCUUUUUAAUUGGAAUAUAAUUUGGCCUAUUUUUAAUCUUUGACUGCUAUAUUAUUGUGA